AUGAUUCAAAGCGAUCAAUUCGGAGGUAGUGCUCAUGAGUGUCCUUUUGCUCAUUUGGACAACUUUCUUGAGUUGUGUACAACUAUCAAGCAAAAUAACAUUUCGGAAGAGUUUAUUCGGAUGCACAUGUUUCAAUUCUCCCUCCGUGAUAAAACAAAGCAUUGGUUAAGAACGGUUGAAGAGGGAUCAUUGAGUACUUGGAAUGAGGUGACUAGAGCCUUUCUUGGGAAGCAUUUCCCUCCCGAGAAAACGGCCGAAUUCAGAUGGAAGAUCACCAAUUUCAACCAAGAAACAUUGAGUGAAGCAUGGGAGCGGUUCAAAGAUUACACUAAAAUAUGCCCUCACCACGGUUUCACCUCAUGGAUCAUAGUGCUAAGCUUCUAUGAUGGUCUUACUCCUACCUCAAGGGCCAACCUUGAUUCGGGAGCCGGAGGUAACCUUAAAAAGCUAUUGGUUGAUAAGGCCUACAAAAUGAUUGAGGAAGUUGCCAAGCAUUAUGCUUAUGGGGGUGAUAAAAGGCAAAGUCAACACAAGAAGGGCGGUAAGCAUGAUCUUGAAGCAAUAGUUCUUACUGCGUCAAAGGCUGAUAUGUUAGCUCGAAAGCUAGAUCAAGUGAACAAUGUGCUCGGUAGCUCCUCCUCACAAGUCAUGUCUUGUGAGACUUGUGGAAGAAACGAUCACUUUCCAUCCUAUUGCAACAAUAUAACGGAGCAUGUGGCUUCACUUGGGAGGAAUGAUCCUUACUCUCAAACUUUUAACCAAGGUUGGAAGAAACAUCCAAAUUUUGGGUGUAAACAACCCAAUCAAGCUCCCCCUCCUCAAAACAAUUACAACCAAGCUCCUCCUUACAAUCUACCCCCUCCACAACAACAAGCUUCCUAUCGCCACCCCAACCAAAGAGACAAUGUCCAACAAAGACCCCAAUACAAUCAAGCCCCUCCUCCUCAAAAAUUCAACAUUGAAUCCAUUUUGGAAACCUUCAUGACCCAACAAAUCAAGAUCAAUGGGGAAGUUAGUAGCUCAAUUCAACAACACCAAGCACACAACAAGAUGAUUGAAAGUCAAUUAUCUCAAAUUGCACAACAAGUUGGGUGCUCCCCUAACCCUGGUGGUCAAUUUCCAAGCACAACGGUAAAGAAUCCAAUAGAGCAUGCGAAAUCAAUCACCUUGAUUUUGGAAGGGGGAUAUGAAGCUCCAAUUAUGAGAGAAAAUUUUUCCAAAAAGGGAGAUGAGGGAGAUAGUUGGGUAGAUGAAAGUGAGUUUGAAAAUGAGGUGAGUGAGGAGGUGAGAGGAAGGUCAAAAUUGAGUGAUGAGGGUGCCUCAAAGAGAGACGAGGAAGAGUUGAAAAGCCAAGCUCCAUUAAAAGCAUAUGAGCCUCGUGUUCCAUUCCCUCAUAGAAUGAUAGAGAAAAAUCUAAAUAAGAAACUUUCCAAGUUCCUUGAUGAAAUAAAAGGACUUCAAUCAAACAUUCCACUUCUUCAUGCUUUGUCACAAAUGCCUAAAUAUGCAAAGUUUUUGAAAUACAUUCUUUCUAACAAGAGUAGGCUUGAGGAGAGUGAUUCUAUCUCCCUUCCAACCGAGAUAAGUGUUAUUCCUCAAAAUGAGCUUCCCGAGAAGUUUGGUGACCCCGGUAGUUUUGCUAUACCGGUGAAGGUUGGGGAUCUUGAAUAA